UGUUUUAUCCUCAAAGGGGGGAAAUCCGGUAUAAACACCCCCAAACCAAUUUAUCUCAAUUAAGAGAAUGGUUUAGGGUUUAUAAAUAAACCCGUGUAGUCCUCACCACCUCCGUUAACAGUUUUCUAGUCCCCGUUAUAUAAAGGCUUUUCUAAAUAUUAAGAAUACCGAUGUGGGACAAAACAUCCAUUUUUGCUAUUCACACUGAUAUAUAAACUUAUAAGCGCGCUUUUAGCUUAACACAUUCUGAACAUCCUUCCUUUUGCUAACAAACCCUAAACCCUAGAGGUCCCUGAAGAUCUCUCUCGAAUGGCGACUGUACCUGUCAACCCUAAGCCUUUCUUGAACAACCUAACUGGGAAGAAAGUUAUUGUAAAACUGAAAUGGGGAAUGGAAUAUAAAGGUUUUCUUGUCUCGGUUGAUUCAUACAUGAACUUGCAGUUGGCAAACAGUGAAGAAUAUAUUGAUGGACAAUUUACAGGAAACCUUGGAGAGAUCCUAAUCAGAUGUAACAAUGUUCUCUAUAUGAGAGGUGCACCCGAGGAUGAAGAAGUAGAGGAUGCCGAAGAUUGAGAGAUUUGUUGAAUCGUUGUAACUUUCUAUGUUUGAUGUUGGUGGUAAUUAAGGAUGGAGUUAAUAAUCCAUAACCUCUUUAAGAGUUUGUCAUACCUUGUAUUUGUCACAUUUAAGCAAUAGAUAUUGUUACUUUAGUAUGAUAGUUAUUUAUGUCUAAAUUCAUUGAUAAACCAAAAGUUUAUUUGAUGUGGGUUGAUU